AAGAGGAAGAGAGGGAGGAAAAGGGAAAGAGAUGAAGGAAUAGGCGAAAGAAAACAAAACAGAAAGCGAGGAAGAAAAAAAAUGAGAAAGAAAAUUGUAGAUGGAGAAAGAGAAAAAGGGAGAAGGAGAAUCGUAGGAAGCAAGGACAAUGUUUGAAGAUUGAGUCGCUUGUAGAUACGACCGCGCGGCUUAUGCGCGAGGCGUACGCCACCACCACGGCUAGGACUGCCACCACCAUCAGCACCACCUCCAUUUCUACCUUCUCGAUCAGUCGACCCCGUGCAACGCGGCACGCCGGUUGCCGCGUGAUAACUGUGUCUACGUACGUAGUGUUCUCUUUGUGGCAACCCGCCGGAAACGUCGAAAAAAUCGAAAAAAUCGAAAUUUUUAAGGGUUGUCAUCGAGUAGCAAAAAAAAGGACAGGAAUACGUCACGAGAAUCAGAGUGACAAAGAGUCAUCACUGGAAACGAUAUUUUGGAGGGAGGGGGGUGAAAAAAAGGUCAAGUUAGCGGAAGCAAUUGAGAGAUGACAACGAAGACAUCGGGAUAGGUGAUUCCUGAAGCGUGCAAAAUUCUGGCAAACUAGACGCGUGCUGAAUGAAAACUCAACGAGUUUAUCUACGCGCAAAGGACGCUUAGUGGAGUAUUUAAUCAUCAAAUAAUGAUGAUUAAAUAGUCGAACUCUCGCAGUGCUACUUGUAGUGACCACACAAGGAUCCCCACUCGCGAGAACCACGUCAAACACGAUCAAUACAACAGACAAGACAAUUGUUUCUUAUCGAAUACAAGAAUAUUCAAUUCGAUCAUGAGUUUUUGGAUGAAUUGUCCAUCGUUGUUGCUGUUGCUGUUAGGCCUAAGCCUGCACAGCGCGUGCAUCACGCGAGCGAACGUCGCCGGCCAGCAUGGUGGCCAGGACAAUGGUCACGACGAUCCUCUGUUGGUGCAGACUACGACCGGCUUGAUGCGCGGUUUCGCUCGUACGGUGCUUGAUCGCGAGGUCCACGUAUUCUACGGGGUGCCAUUCGCAAAACCUCCGGUUGGGCCGUUGCGGUUUCGUAAGCCGCUGCCAAUCGAACCGUGGCACGGAAUUUUAAAUGCUACAACGUUACCCAACAGUUGCUAUCAGGAGCGUUACGAGUACUUCCCUGGUUUCGAGGGCGAAGAGAUGUGGAAUCCAAACACUAACAUCUCCGAGGAUUGUCUCUAUCUAAAUAUCUGGGUGCCACAAAAGCUGCGUCUGCGUCACAAACCAGAGUCACAGGACAACGCCGGUAAUAAUGGCAUGGCGAUAUUAGUAUGGAUCUACGGUGGCGGUUUCAUGAGUGGUACCGCCACUCUGGACGUUUACGACGCCGAUCUCAUGGCAGCGGCCGGGAAUGCGAUAAUCGCAUCGAUGCAGUAUCGAGUGGGUGCUUUCGGUUUUCUGUACCUAAAUCAGCAUUUUACUAACAGCGAGGAGGCACCGGGCAAUAUGGGCCUUUGGGAUCAAGCUUUAGCUCUUCAGUGGCUUCGCGAAAAUGCACGCGCCUUCGGCGGCGAUCCCGACUUGAUUACAAUCUUUGGCGAAUCCGCAGGCGGCAGUUCGGUAUCUCUACAUCUGAUCUCACCGGUUACGCAGGGUUUGGUACGUCGGGGGAUUCUCCAGAGUGGUACUCUGAACGCUCCAUGGAGUUAUAUGACCGGUGAAAAGGCGAAUGAGGUAGCCCGAAUAUUGGUAGACGAUUGUGGAUGUAAUUCGACGAUGCUGCAGGAAAAUCCAGCGCGAGUUAUGGCCUGCAUGAGGUCGGUGGACGCAAAAACCCUCUCCGUGCAGCAGUGGAACAGUUAUUGGGGUAUCCUCGGCUUCCCGUCGGCACCCACUAUCGAUGGCGUCUUUCUACCUAAAGAUCCGUUGGACUUGGUCAGAGAGGCGGAUUUCAAAGACACCGAGAUCCUGAUUGGAAAUAACGAAAACGAAGGGACGUACUUUAUUCUGUACGACUUUAUUGACUUCUUCGAGAAAGAUCAAGCCAGCUUUCUCGAUCGAGACAAAUUUCUCAACAUCAUCAAUACCAUCUUCAAGAAUAUGUCGCAAAUUGAGCGAGAAGCCAUUAUUUUCCAAUAUACCGAUUGGGAUCGGAUAAACGAUGGCUACAAUAAUCAAAAGGCGGUAGCGGACGUCGUGGGCGAUUAUUAUUUCAUCUGCCCAUCCACGCAUUUUGCGCAAUUGUUCGCGGAUCGUGGCAUGAAGGUCUACUAUUACUUCUUCACGCAGAGAACGAGUACUAAUGUGUGGGGGGAAUGGAUGGGUGUGAUGCAUGGUGACGAAGUGGAAUAUGUCUUCGGGCAUCCGCUCAACGAAACUCUGGUAUAUAAUGCCAAAGAGCGAGAAUUGGCUACCAGAAUAAUUCGCUAUUACUCGCAUUUCGCAUACACAGGGAUGCCGACACCGGAUGAAUCCGAUUGGCCGCCUUACACCAGGGACCAACCGCGAUACUUUAUUUUGGACGCGGAGAAGAAGGACUUUGGUCAAGGUCCACGCACGACAGCCUGUGCAUUCUGGAACGAUUUUCUGCCACGAUUGAGGGGGAUCCCCGACCCUACGCCCGAGGCGUGCAAAGGCACAAUGGCGUCGAGCGUUUUAGCGGGUGCUGGCGUGCUGCGUGGUUCACCAAUCUUGUCCAUCCUCUUACUUCCGGUGCUGGCGGUACAUAGAUUCAUAUAAGUGAUUAAUCAUCCAUGUCAACAAACCCUUUACACGGCUGGCAGGUACCCGGCUGGACAGAAACGCUCCACUCUGGCGCCACCGUCCGACAAACAGGUCCUAUAACGAGCGUUGUUUACGCUUCAAGGUCGCAUUAGCGGUCGUCAACCAUUCGUAGAUCGAUAUAAGCCCAUCGUAGGACGUACACAAGGCUAUCGUCCCAUCUUAAAGCAGUAGUUCGUUUUCACUGUGUCGUUAUGUCACCGGUACUGGUAGCACAGCGCGAUGUUUGCGAAUGAUAAUCAAGAUGCUCCUAGCAAGGGGCUUCGCGCCGCUUCGAGAUAAUCGAUCGAUUCACGCGAUCGAAGACGCGCGAUCGUCUUACAAAAAAUCCAUAACGAAUAGCCGUCGAAUGAUCGACGUCAGCAGGAUCCGAUUCGCACAUCUGGAUUCUAAUGUAUCCCACCUUCAUCUCGUGCAAUCGCGCACAUCUAUCUGGAUUCUAAUGCUUUAUCUCCGAUUCGCUGUCCCUUGCAAAAUCCGCUCUCAUCGAUUCUCAUCGAUCUCUGGACUUGAUUGAUCUUAUCGUAGAUUUGAUUGUUAAUGCGAGAUACAAUUAUCGUGGCAAAAACUUGCACGAAUUUAUAUCGUGAUUUCUCGUGACACGAAUACCUUUAAAUCGAUUGCCGCAAAUUUUAGCGCGGGCAAUGGUUAUCGUAGGAUGAUCGAUGCUUGAUUGAUGACAAAAAUGACGAUAACAAAACGUAAUCGAAUUAGGAAAUCCGUGAUACAGACUCGGAAAAGAUUGUUCCCGCAAUGAAGAUUAAAUUAAAAUGAUCGUGAAUCAUUUUAUUCGAAGUUUAUUCGUGAUGGUUCCUGAUCGCUCGCUUGAUUUGAACUCGGGUUGCGAGAAACCUAUGCUAUCAGCUGCGAAAUAUCUUACAACGUAUUUGAUCUCUCUUGGUUUGCGACAUCAAUCGUUUAGACUAAGUUGUAUACGCAAGACCAAUUUCAGGAUACGAAAGCCAAGGAGAAGAAAUGACGAAGACGGUAAAUAGCGAACGCUUAACUAAGGAAGGUCGGAGUAGAAGGACGUGAAUUAUUAACUCCGAACUCAUUAAAUCGGAGAGCGACCAAGUAACGUCAAUUUUUACCGCGUAAAUCGCGACAAAAAUGUCCUUAAAAGGAUCUUUGAGCAUUCAUUUUUUGAUAAAGAAGCACUCAACCACAUGUAAAAUGUUCAUGUUUGCGAAAUUAAAUGCACUUAUCCCGAAUACCAAGAUACAUUUUGUAAUCGAAUGAUUACAUCGAUAUUUGCCGACGUAUUAAUAGAAUAUAAUUCUUUAACGAUGAAAAAGGAUUUGACGUACAAUUGAAUAUUGAUGAAUACGCAAAUUUGAGAUUAUUGAGAAUAUGAUACAUGAUCAUUAAGUGUAAUUAAAGAUUUACAAUUAGAUAAUUUUAU